GUUGCCCGGUCUCCUCGCCUGAUUGGACUGGGGGAAGAUGAUGUCAGACGACCGCAUGUGCCCCGGAUUGGAGAGAGUGGAGUAAACAAAGCCGCGAGGAGGAGGAGGAGAGGUCUCCACAUCUCCAGACAGUCCGACCGACACACCGAAUCCGACUUUACGCACAUGAGAGGGCGGCCCUGGCGGCGCGUGCUUGUCUGCUCAAGGCUGAAAGUUACAUUGACAGUCUUACGGCAAACGGGUGACGCGCUUUAAAGACUUCUGGGAAAGAUACAGGGAAACUUACCACCGUCUUUUAAACCGGACGUUGUGCAGUUUUCUCGUUUAAGUAGAAAGUGAUUCCAUAACUCUGCGCGCAACUGCUCUUUACUCAGUAUCGAAGGAAUCAUGCGUCUGUGUUAUUUCUGGCUUUUUGCGCACAUGCCAUUAGAAAUAUUAAAUUAGCGAAGUUGAAUCAGAGGAGACAGACGCAUCGACCAUGCAACUCGGCCGUUUGGACGCCGUCUGAAUCGUGUGAAUUAGACUCUAUCUUCAGAACAUGGUCGGUUGAGUGGAAGACAGGGAGAAACAAAAAGUAAGAAAAUCUAAGUGAUCUGAAAGAGAUUUGGGACGAUUCGAGGUGUGCCCGCGUGAACGUCUGCCUCUCAGGUCCAGGUGCCCCGCCGAGCGGUGCGGAGUCUCCAGCUCAGGCCGGCAGUGCUGACAUGCUGCCCAAAGUCGAGACUGAAUCCCUGGGACUCUCUCGAUCGUAUGGGGAACAAGGGCACAUGCCAAGGAACAUGCAAGCACACCAGUUAAAAAUGAUGGACUACUCCUAUGACGAAGACUUGGACGAGAUGUGUCCCGUGUGCGGAGACAAGGUUUCAGGAUAUCACUAUGGACUGCUGACCUGCGAGAGCUGCAAGGGCUUCUUCAAGCGCACCGUCCAGAACAACAAGCGUUACACGUGUAUAGAGAACCAGAGCUGCCAGAUUGACAAGACCCAGAGAAAGCGCUGCCCGUACUGCCGCUUCCAAAAGUGCCUCACUGUCGGCAUGAAGCUAGAAGCUGUGCGGGCGGACCGAAUGCGGGGCGGUCGCAACAAGUUCGGCCCCAUGUACAAACGCGACCGGGCCCUGAAGCAGCAGAAGAAGGCGCUGAUCCGAGCGAACGGCCUGAAGAUUGAGGCCAUGAGCCAGGUGAUGCAGGCCGUACCUACUGACCUCACUAUCUCCUCAGCCAUCCAGAACAUCCACUCGGCAGCCUCCAAGGGCCUCCCGCUGAGCCACCACGCCGGCCACCACACCAGCCACCAUCACCACCACCACCACCACCACCAUGCCACUGCUCUGCCCCCCACAGACUACGACCGCAGCCCAUUUGUCACUUCGCCAGUCAGCAUGGCCAUGCCGCCGCAUGCCGGCAGCCUGCAGGGCUACCAGGCGGCAUAUGGACACUUCCAGGGCACGCGCACCAUCAAGUCCGAGUACCCAGACCCGUACACUAGCUCGCCAGAGUCCAUUAUGGGCUAUGCCUACGUCGACGCCUACCAAUCAGGCUCGCCGCCCAGCUUCCCCCACCUGAUUGUAGAGCUGCUUAAGUGUGAGCCGGAUGAGCCGCAGGUUCAGGCCAAGAUCUUGGCCUAUCUACAGCAGGAGCAGGCCAGCAGGGGCAAGCACGAGAAGCUCAACACCUUUGGCCUGAUGUGCAAGAUGGCCGACCAAACGCUCUUCUCCAUUGUGGAGUGGGCACGCAGCAGCAUUUUCUUCCGCGAGCUCAAGGUGGACGACCAGAUGAAGCUGCUGCAGAACUGCUGGAGUGAACUGCUCAUUCUGGACCACGUCUUCCGGCAGGUGGUGCACGCCAAGGAGGGCUCCAUCCUAUUGGUCACCGGCCAGCAGGUGGACUAUGCAGUGAUUGCUUCGCAGGCGGGAGCCACGCUCAACAAUCUGUUGAGCCAUGCCCAGGAGCUUGUGGCCAAACUACGCUCCCUGCAGCUGGACCAACGGGAGUUUGUCUGCCUCAAGUUCCUAGUCCUGUUCAGCCUGGAUGUGAAGAACCUGGAGAACUUCCACCUGGUGGAAAGCGUCCAGGAGCAGGUCAACGCGGCGCUGCUGGACUACGUCAUGUGCAACUACCCCCAGCAAACGGACAAGUUCGGCCAGCUGCUCCUCCGGCUGCCCGAGAUCCGCGCCAUCAGCCUGCAGGCCGAAGAAUACCUUUACUACAAACACCUAAACGGCGACGUUCCGUGCAACAACCUCCUCAUCGAAAUGCUUCACGCCAAGAGAGCCUAGGAGACGGGAGGUGGGGUGGGGUGGGGUGGGGGCGUGGGGGGGCUCUGCCCUAACGCCCCGUAGCGAAGGUGGUGGUGUGCGGACACUCUGAGAGCUUCGCUGCAGCCCGAAAACUCCAAAUAACGCUUUCACCGAACCGAACCUCCGCUUCACACUUGAUGCGGUGAGGCACCUAGAGGUUGAGGAGCAGCUGCGUUAGCAACUCUUGUCUAUAUUGAGCUCAUUUUGAUGUUCAAGCUACGCGCAAAUUCGGAACGAACAGAGACUCACAGUGCGCACAGACACACGGCAUAUGGAUCCCUUUAUUGUAAAGAAGAAGAAAAAAAGAAACAAAAUCAGAAAUUGCUUCAUGUCAACCACACAGAAAGAACUGCCGAAAGGACAAAAAAAAAAAAAAAAGAAGAAGAAGACUCGAAGCAAACUCUACAUUUGACACCACGUCUGCACGAGCAGGAGCAGGACUAUUAAGACUGUCGGGCUGUGACAUGAAGAACGAACAGCCCUCGAGUGUUUUAGCACUGGUAAAUACAGUGAGAGGCUCUUUGUGCCGAGAAAGGAAUCUGAAUAACACUGCCCAUCUUUUCAGAGCGAAGAGCUGUCGUGGCGGGCGAUCGCCCUGCGUGUUCUCUCACUGUUGUUGGUACUGUAUAGGCAAACGGACAAGUAGUCAAACAGGCAAGAGACUCUUUACCUAUCACCCUGUUUUUUGAGCUCACACGAGACGCCUGCGAUGGCAUCUUCACCCGACUGAGAAGAGAGAACUGGAGGUUAAAAAAAAUGAAGGUCUAAAAAAAUAAAAAAUGAAAAAUGAAAAUAAAACGGAACAUUCUUAAAUGAACAAAAUGAUCAACAGGCUUAUAAGAAGAAGUUGAGUUUUUCUCUUGUAAUGGAAGUCAUUUGCUCCUCAUGGUCACGUUGUGGUUCCCCCUUUCUUAUUCCCACCUCCCCAAAUCAUCUUAAACUAUGUACCUCAGAAACACCAGUGUUAAAUAAAUUCAAUUAAUAAUGUCAGCUUAAAUAAACUGUAUUUAUAGCCCUUAUUUUUUUUUCUUUCCUGCAAAAACACUCUUCCUUUUUAUCAUUUCCUUAAACCUGGAACAGAACAAAGCGUGACACCCUGAGACGGAGAAGGGAUCGGUCCUGCCUCCGUCGGAAAAGACCAAAGCCUGCUACAGAACAGAAGGAAAUUACAAAAUACCUUAAUAAUCAGUAUUAUAAAAGGAAAAAAGAAAAAUUGUGAUGUCACAGUCAUGUGAGUCUUGCCUUAUUUCAUUACCAUGCUAGCUAACCGUGCAGAUGUGAAUGAAAAUAUGUACAAAUAUAUAUAUAUAAAGUAUUAAUGUUGUAAAAAAUUUAAAAAGGAAUAAUUCAACAGGUGUUUACAUUCAUGUGGUCAUAUGGGAGAGAACUGUGAUGAAGCAGAAAUUGCUAAGCAAUGAUUUCCUAAAAAAAAAAUGAAAUCGAUGAAAUGAAGAAAAAGAUCCCUGUUUUUGUUUUUCGGUGUGUGUACAGUGUUUUUAUUUUUAUUUUUUUUGUUCCUAGCAGUACUUAAAUUAUGUCGUGAGACACUAAAAUCAAAGAGGAAUCACACUUAAAAUAUUAAUUUCUGUGUCUGCUGGCAUUCAAAUUUUUUUUUUUGGAGCAUUGCUGUAUAAGGUUUGAGUUUCAACACUUACUUUGUAAAACCUUCCCCUCCUUUUCUUUUUUCCUUUUCUUUUUUUUUUUUUUUACAGUGCUUUGAACUUUUUGAUGUACAGUAUGUCGCUGGUUACGCUUAAUGAUGAAGAUAAUUUAUUGCGUCGCUCGGUUCACAUCUUUGUGUUACAUGACGUGAGAGGUGUCCACGCCAGAAUAAAUUUGUUUACUGUAGCAUGUUCUUGUUUUGUUUCCACCAGUAGUUCUGAGAUGCAGGUCUGGAGCAAAAGUAAUGGACUUAAAAAAAAAGAAAACGAAAAAAAGAAGAAGAAAAUAUCCUUUUUUUUUAAAAAAAAGUAUUUUAAGUGUUCAUGCAAGUCUGUACAUUGAAAAGAGUAUUGUAUUUAAGUGGGUAGGUGUGAAGGAUGGUCUGUGCCACAUCAGUUUUCUUACCGAAAUUUCAACCUGCGUCAUUGUUCUGUCCGGUUUGCUCUUAUACCAAAGACUGCAUCUUUCCCCUGUGAGCUGUGACUUCUAGUAUUGUGUCCAAAAUUAACAAAACUGGCUUUUUCUUCUUAACAUAUGGCAGCCCAAAUUAUCCUCACGCUGAGUUUCUCCAUGUGUAGAGUAGUUGUUACUGUUUUUUUUGUUUUUGUUUUUUUAAUCAAAAUGUCCCAACACUUGCCUCCCACAACAGCGUAUGGUGUUUUUGUUUUGUUUUUUUAAAAAAGAAAAUCUUGUCCAGGUUUUGUUAAAUAAGUCAUGGAAAAAGUCUUUCAAUGGCAUGUUUAAUGUAUAGAAAAUUCUCUUAAAGUCACCACUAAUUCACCGUAUUAAGAAGCUGUUUCUGAGCGUCACCACCUGUUACCCUCAUUAACCGCGGCCUCCAGAUAAUCAGACAAUCUUAUCUAUCAUCCACUUUCUCAAAUUCUGUGUUUAGGGUUCUGCAGCUGCCUUGGACUUCCUCCGAUGUGCAGGUGAACUCCACUUCAAAGUACAGGCAGUACAGUCACCAAUGUGGCCAUUGCAGAAGUCCUACUUUUCUUUUUUUUUUUAGUGGAGAGUCUUUUCUGCAGUCCCGUUCCACCCGGAUUAAUUAAUAAAUAAUUGGAGAUUGAGGGAUUUUGGAAUCCAGAACCUUAAAUUUUAGGCUACGUAGUCACUGUCGGACUAUUACGUGGGGUAAAUGCUCUGUGAAGGACUUAAACAAUGGCUUCCUUUGUGCAUUAUGUGCUCUUGUACGCUGUCAACACAUGGAUAUGCGAAACAUCAAAAUACCAUCUCCCUCCUGCUUGUCUAUGACGUUUGCCACUCCUGCUGACAUUAUGAAUGCUCCCAUCACUACCUGGUCCUGGGGAGAGUCUUGCUAUGAGGCUCAUUGAAUUUUUUCCUCAUAUUUCAAUAAAUAAUUAUUAUGCUUAUAA